GUUAUAUCUUAGUUUGAAAGUUCAAAAAUCUUUACUUUGUUUCAAGUGCAGUUGUUGUGUUUUUUUCUUCUAAUAUUUUAUCCAAUGGAGAACUAUACGAAAGGAAAGAACGUGGAAGAACCGCUGGACAAAGAUAAAUUGCCUAUUCCUAAUUUACCCAAGGAUUUCCUAUGGAUGCAGGUACAAGGAGGUAGUAAGAUGAGGAAUCUGUUAGAAUUGGCUUUGAAGGAGUACGACAGCGGCAAAGAUGUCCUAUGGACAGGAUCAGGUGCAGCUAUCGGAAAGGUAAUUUCCUGCGCAGAGAUCCUCAAACGCAAGUUUAAAGAUGUCCACCAAUUCAACAAGAUACAGUAUCGCAGGUGUGAAGAAUAUUGGGAUCCAAAGCUGGAAGGACUUGACCAGCUCGUUGUCAACAGGGACGUUCCGAUGAUCCAUAUCCUGCUAAGUCAUGAAGCUAUCAAUGCUGAUCUUCCUGGCUACCAAGAACCGAAUAAAGAAAAUAAGCCGAGGGGUAACGGUAGACCAAACAGGCCUAAGAAACACAUGAAGCCUAACAUCAGCCCACAGGUUGAGAAAGCAGGGCUCGGUUUCAACAAAGGAAAACCCAAAAAGAAUAUUCCAAAGCAAGAUGAUUCUUAAAAAUUAUUUGUAUUUUAUUGUGUAAAGUCAAUAUUUCUUUUUAAAAGAAUUGUGAAUUACUUGUACAGUGUAUAUAUUAUAAAAUAUAUAUAUUUUAUUUUUAUUUAAAUAAACAAUAACAUGAAUUUCUUUAUGAGUGAUAAAUAUUCAGGACGCAUUCAUUAUAAACUUUUUUAUUA